AUGCCGCUGGUUCGCCACCGCAAAGUGCUCAUCCUGGGGUACCGCGCCGUGGGCAAAACCUCCUUGGCCCAUCAGUUCCUGGAGGGGAAGUUCGUGGAGUGCUACGAGCCCACGGUGGAGAGCACCUACGACAAGAUGGUGGUGGUGGGCAAGGACGAGUUCCAGCUCCAGCUGGUGGACACGGCCGGGCAGGUAACCAUCCUGCCCCACUCCUUCAUCUCGAAUCACGGCUACGUCCUGGUGUACUCGGUGACGUCUCUCCGCAGCUUCCAGGUGGUGAAGACCCUUCACAACAAGCUCUAUGAGAGCCGGGGGAAGACGCGCAUGCCCGUGGUGCUGGUGGGAACAAGGCGGACCUGUCCCUGCAGAGCCACCCGGGAAGUGAAGACAGAUGAAGGGAAGAAGCUGGCGGAGUCUUGGGGGGCAAUAUUCCUCGAGUCCUCGGCCAAGGAGAGCCAGGUGACCAAGAGCAUCUUUAUGAAGAUCAUCGAGGAGAUCGACCGAGUGGACAACUCCUACGGCACAUCCACCAGCUGCCGCCUGAUGUGACCCUCCCCCGGGACCUUCCCCUCUAUCACGGCACAACGGCUCUGGGGCCACCUCAUCCCACUUUGCACUAUGGGACCCCCCACUUUGCACAGACUGGGGGUGCACGAAGGGCUGGGUGUGGGGCAGGGGUCUAUGUCCA